AUGGUCACGAAAAGGAAACUGCAUGCCAGUUCUAUGACUUUUAUCAAUUCGGUGGUAAUUUUUAUCAAGAUCUGUGGACUUGGUCUAGUUACAGAUAAUUAGAUUUGAGAUCAUUUAUGUUUUACAGUCUCUGAUUUAAAGCUAACAUAUGUUAAACCUGUUUCAUGGUUGGGUCCAGGAGGUCGGACCUGACGUUAGGAGGUCAAGGACUUCUACUGGUCUUUAUGUGGGUCCAUCGAAUACGUCUAGACAACCUGCCCGACUAACUCAAGCUGCAUCUUAUCAAAUUGUCAAUAUUAUUGCUUCCAGACGUGGUAGAUGUGGAGAAUUCAGAACAUGGCUUGCUAGUCUACCAUCAACUUGCAGGAAUACUCUUAUAGAAUGUGUUUAUGAUUACAGUCCAGAUCCUGAUAAUAUAUCUCUUCUUCCAUCUUCUGUUCCAACUCAGUUUACUAGAUCUGCUUAUUUUCACAUUCUUGGCUGGAGUUGGAGUAUAUUGUUUGGAGCAGACUGGAGUCAGGUUCAGAUACCAGAUCUUUACUCUCUUCUUUUAAACAGGAAGGAUAUAAGUAUAGAUUCUCCUAGUAGAGAGGAAGAUGUAUACAUUUUCUAA